CACCAGAGGAGAGUGGGAUACAAAGAUAUUCAGCUCUUGAGCUUCACAGAUUAGCGGACUAUAACUGCUCAUCGUGAGUGGAUCCAGAUCUGCACCUGGUGCCUUAAGGAUAAAAGAGAAGGUCAACAAAUGCAUGAAACAGCUGAUCAGUUAAGACAGUGUACCCAUCCUGAGAAACUGUUGUUACCUAGAUGAAGCUGGCCUCUCAUAAUACAAUUAAGACCAGACAACGAAGAGAGGGGAGAGAAGAAGCGAUCUUCACCACGAAUGAAGGCGAGAGCUGAGACCAAAGAACAGGCGUUGCUUUCUGCUUUUAUUUCCUGUGCAGGAUCAGACUGGUAACUGGGGUCAAAGUGUGAAUGAGGUUCUGACCCUCACCUGCACCCACGGACAAACACUUCAGUAGAAUUAAAGAGAGUGUCAUGAAAGGCUUAAGUCUCAGCCGGGGGCUGCUGGUGCUUCUGCUCCUUUGGACUUUGCCAGCCUUCACUGAUGCGGGCAGCGCUGGGAGCGCAGAACGAGGAGGAUCUGGAAGAGGCCAGAGGAGAGGAGGAAGUGGUGGCAGUGGAGGAGAGAAAAGGAGGAAGCUGCACCGCAUCCAACACGGCCAGUGCAGCUACACCUUCAUCCUGCCGGAGCUGGACGGGUGCCCUGGCGGAGGAUCGCCGUCACAGACGCAGCACUAUGGAGGCUUUCGCAGCGAGCCGGGUGUCGUGCAGAGAGACUCUCCCCCUGCUGACGGCGAAUGGUCAGCUCAGAAACUGCAGCAGCUGGAGAGCACAAUGGAGAAUAACACACAGUGGCUGCAGAAGUUGGAGAACUUCAUUCAGAAGAACAUCAGGCGUGAUGUUGCUAACAUGCAGUCGCAUGUUGUUCAUAACCAAACAGCCACAAUGCUGGCGAUCGGCACAAACCUGCUCACACACACAGCGGAGCAGACGCGCAAGCUCCAUGUGGUGGAAGCAAAGGUGCUGAACCACACGUCUCAGAUGGAGAUAAAGCUUCUGGAGAAUUCGCUGUCCACCAACAAGCUGGAAAAGGAGCUGUUACUGCAGACUUCAGAGAUCAGCCGGCUGCAAGACAAGAACAGUCGUUUGGAGAGUAAAGUUCAGAUGCUGGAGUCUCAGCAGCAAGGCGAGCUGGAGGACAUGAGACAGGAGAAGAACAGACUUCAGUCCAUCAUCAGGACUCAGAUGGCAUCCAUCGAGUCUUUGGAGAGGCAGCUGAGAGUUGCCAGCAGCAACAACACGGCCCUGCAGAGACAGCAGACUCAGCUGAUGGAGUCUGUCCACACGCUCAUUAACAUGGUGGCUACUACUACAGCAGCACCUCCCAGGAGCCAGGUGUGGAGGGACUGUGCGGAUGCUUACAGGGCCGGUCACUCUGUGAGCGGCCUCUAUCACAUCUACAUCGGCAACAGGACUGAACCUGUGCAGGUGUACUGUGACAUGGAGACGAGUGGUGGAGGCUGGACAGUCUUCCAGAGACGGUUUAAUGGCAGCGUGGACUUCCAGAGGAGCUGGAGGGAAUACAGAACGGGUUUCGGGGACGUGUCGGGGGAGCACUGGCUGGGUAAUGAAGUUUUGUACCUGCUGACCAGUCAGGGCAUCUACUCUAUGAGGGUGGAGCUGAUGGACUGGGAAGGAAACUCCGCCCACUCCCAGUACGACCGAUUUAUUCUGACCAGUGAGCGACAGCAGUACAGGCUGUAUCUGAGAGGUUACAGCGGGACAGCAGGAAGGCAGAGCAGCCUCACCAACCACGGCACCGGCUUCAGCACCCGAGACAAGGACAACGACAACUGUGAACACUGCAAAUGUGCCAUGAUGCUCACUGGAGGUUGGUGGUUUGAUGCCUGCGGUUUCUCCAACCUGAACGGUGUGUACUACACCAUCGGCCACAACAUCAGGAAGCUUAACGGCAUCAAGUGGCACCACUUCAAAGGUCCCAGCUAUUCCCUGCGCGCCACCUCCAUGAUGGUACGACCCUACGACUUCUAACGGCACCCCUCCGCCUCCACCCAUGACCUCUGACAACAAAGCUUAAAAACCACGCUGGUACGGCCCUUCAGCUCCUCCAAAAUGCCUUCCUGAUGGCUUCUACCUUCAGCACCAUGAUGGUGCAGCCCUAGAACACCUGUUGGAUCUAAAAUGGUUCAGCCCUGAACUUCGGAAAUCCUUGACUCUAAAGUUGGUUAAAGCCGUGUGACUCGUAAUGAGGUGAAUGAGGGUGGAUCCUGUGAAAAAAUAGGCUUGUUUGAAAUGUGAUUGUCAUUAAAUCAGGUGAUAAUGGCACACAGUUUCAGACAGUCUGUCCUGGAAGCCACGUGGCUGAGACGUGGGUGGGAUUGCUGCUUUUGGGUUGGAACAGGUACAGACAGGUAGCAGACAUGGCAGCUUCACGGUACUUUCCUGUAUGACCUCUGCAGC